AUCUCGAUUAUUACACUGUAUCUCGUUCCUUUUUAAGCACAUGUAAUGUCUGUGCAGAUAACCUAGGCUUGAUAAUCAUCGUAAGUUGCAUUAUAGAGAAGUAUUGUGCGUAAGCCUCUGGUUAAAUCCACUUGUGAGACAUGAAUUCCAGCCUUACCUGAACUUAAAUUCCCCUUGGGAGUGUGAAUGCUACCUUCAUCGAGCUAACUGUAAGAGAACUCAAGGGAAGUAAGAAUGGUGGGCUUGACGGUGUUUGGGCAACCGGCAUCCACAGAUGUCGCAAGGGUGCUUACGUGCCUCUUCGAAAAGAACGUGGAGUUCCAACUUGUUCGCAUUGACACAUUCGAUGGAAAUCAUAAGGUCCCUGAGUUCCUCAAAUUGCAGGAUCCUAGUGGUCAGGUAACGUUCAAGGAUGGGCUGCUCACCCUUGUGGAUUCAAAGGAGAUAUGUCGGCAUAUCUGCGUAAAAUAUGCAGAUCAGGGAAACAAGGCUCUCUAUGGAAAAGGCAUUCUGGAGAAGUCAUCGAUUGAGCAGUGGCUACAAGCAGAAGCCAUAAACUUUGAGCCUCUUAGUUCUUCGCUUGUCUUUCAUCUAGCUUUUGCUGAACCGUUGGGAAUGUUGCCCGACCAAGAUGAGAUAGCUCAAAAGGAGAAGAAGCUCUCCUCACUCCUUGAUGUAUAUGAUGAUCGGCUUGGCGAGAAUGAAUACCUGGCAGGCCGUGAAUUUACACUUGCUGAUCUUUCCCACCUUCCUAACUCGCAUUACCUUUACACCACGUCGGAGAAAGGAAAGAAGCUCUUCACUUCGAGAAAAAAUGUGGAGAGGUGGUGGAGAGCAAUCUCGGCUCGGCCCUCGUGGAAGCAGGUGGUCGAAAUGCAAAGUGAGAUUCCUGUUCCACUUAAGAAGCCAACCAAGUAGGAGUUUGUUGUGCUGGCGUUGUUGCACCGUCUUGUGAUUUGUUUGUGCUAGAUGUUUUAUGUCAUUUAAGUUCUUCUUUAAUCUGUGUCGGGACGAAGUAUGGAGUUUGUGUGUGCCAACUGAUGAGAAGGAUCUGUGUCAUUCGCAAUUUCUUUGCUGCAACUUGUUUCCUGAAAUUUAACUUACUGGUGUUAGAAUUUCCAUCCAUUCUCCAAAGUAAUCUAUAAGUGCCAAGUUUGUCA